AACCAGAUCAACGCAUUUCUGACCAGAGUUCAAAAUUACUAUUUGAUUCACUUGUAAUGAACAGCUUAAAGAAGCUAGUUAUAUUUGAAGAUUUCAACGAUACGUACAUUGCUAUUUGGCAGGGAGUGCAUGAGCUUUUUCGCGCAGAACCUGUUCGAAUAGCAAACUCUGCGGUCACUAGAGCCCUCGCAGAAGCUAGUCUUACUCUUGAAUAUCUAUCAGCGGCGUUUAUCGUGGACGCUGGGCCGUUCUUGGACGCAUGCCAAUCAAAUUCAAACUGGACGUGGAAAGAGCUCGUGUCGCUCACCAUUACCUCUCGUCAGCUGGUGCCCGAUGGCGAUCCGACAAACAUUAAUGAUAUGCUUGAAUAAGCAGCGGAGACUGCCAAGAAGAUGCCGAGGCUGAAGAGCAUGGAACUAUGGAAUGGCGGGAGAUCAUUUGCUUGUGUCUUCAGAUACCAGGCGCCUAAUAUCUGCAGACCUGCUAGAAUCAUCUGGAGAAGCAACUGGGACCUACUCCUGGAGCCCAGGGUGACUCGAUCCUGGAAUACUGUGGCGCAACAGCACAAUCUGUAUGAACUUCAAGUUACUAAAGAGUUGUUGGGGGCCGAUACUGUGAUCAAGUCUCACGGCGAUGCCGUCCGUGUUCUGGAUUUUUUGCAUUACGUAGCUUGUCCCGUCUCUUUGUGGCAGAUCCAAGUAGAGAAUAGGCUUUAGCGUACGAUUUUGUUUGAGCGUCCGGCCCUCGUUGCCAUGUUCUCAAGGUGCUGAAGGAGCUUACUGAGGUGUGCUAAUAUACACACACGCUGGGCACGAAAAAAGUGGCACACUCAUCAAGUACUCUGCCCGUGUGUACACCUGUCUGCCACU